UCUCAUAAACCCUAAAAGAAAAAAAACAAUGAAGCCAUCGAUUUGCUCUUCCAUAGUUCUUAUUCUCCUCAUCAUCCUACCAACGACGAUUUCUCACGACUACUCCGAUGCUCUCACAAAGUCAAUCCUCUUCUUUGAAGGUCAACGCUCUGGAUAUCUUCCAAGAGAACAGAGGAUGACGUGGCGCCGCAACUCCGCACUCAACGACGGCAAGAACCUCAAUGCCAACCUCGUUGGUGGUUACUACGACGCCGGAGAUAACAUUAAGUUCCAUUUUCCGAUGGCUUUUACGGCUACCAUGCUUGCGUGGAGCGCUAUCGACUUUGGAAGUUACAUGUCUCCGACUGAUCUCAGGGACAAUCUCGUCGCUCUCCGGUGGGGCACCAAUUAUCUCCUUAAGACCGUUUCGCAACUACCUAAUCGCAUCUUCGUCCAAGUAGGUGAACCAACACCGGAUCAUCAGUGUUGGGAGAGACCAGAGGAUAUGGACACACCACGGACCGCUUACGCCGUGGAAGCACCGAAUCCAGCCUCUGAUUUAGCUGGAGAAAUCGCAGCUGCGUUGGCAGCCGCUUCAAUUGCAUUCAAACAAUUUGAUCCUAGAUAUUCUAAAUUGUUGCUCGAUAAUGCUUUAAAAACUUUUGAGUACGCAGAUUCACAUAGAGGUUCUUAUACCAAUAAUCCUGAGACUAAACUUGCUGUUUGCCCAUUUUAUUGUAGUGUAAACGGAUAUGAGGAUGAGUUAUUAUGGGGAGCUGCAUGGCUGAGAAGAGCGACCGGUAAAGAUUCUUACAUUAAAUACUUAGUGGACAAUCGUCAAUCUUUUGGGUCAGAUUCCAAUUACUUCGAGUUUGGAUGGGAUAACAAAGUUGGGGGCGUCAAUGUUCUCGUUGCAAAGGAAGUAUUUGAAAAGAAUGUAGCUGGGAUUGCACCGUAUAAGGACACAGCGGAAAAAUUGAUGUGUUCGUUUUUUCUGGAAACUCCGGGUGCACAUAUGAGUUACUCUCCCGGUGGCCUUCUUUACAAACCCGGAAGCAGUCAGCUCCAAAACACCGUCGCAUUGUCUUUUCUCCUUCUCACUUACGCCAAUUACCUUUCUAAAUCCUCUCAACAACUCCACUGUGGUAGUCUCAAGAUCCAGCCGGAUUCUCUCCGUCGCUUGGCCAAACGACAGGUGGAUUACAUUCUGGGAGAUAAUCCGAUGAAAAUGUCAUACAUGAUCGGGUACGGUAACCGAUAUCCACGACAAAUCCACCACCGCGGUGCAUCGUCACCGUCUAUCACGACUCAUCCCACUGCCAUCAAAUGCUCGGAAGGAUGGAAUAUUUUCGCAUCACCAAAUCCAGACCCCAACGUUUUAGUAGGUGCGGUGAUCGGGGGACCCGACAUAGAUGACAAAUUCAUUGGAGGUCGGACAAAUGCAAGUGAGACGGAACCAACGACUUACAUCAAUGCACCUUUUGUUGGUCUCUUGGCUUAUUUUAAGGCCAACCCAAUUUGAGAAGACUCUGCCUUUAUAAGAGUUGACAAAAGAAAUUAACUUGUAUUUAACUAGGAACAGAAUCAAAAGUGAGAAUUUUU